ACACACACACGCACGCACGCACGCGCGCACACACACACAUACAUAUAUACACAAACAGCCAGAGACGCACACUAUUAGAAGAACCUAUGCGCAUAGGUUCAGAUAGAUACCCACAGGAAGAUAGGAGGCAGCACAGUCACACACAGAACAGAACAAACGGACGGCGGUGUGGGCUAGUCGGGCGAUUUGUAGCCAGAACAGCAGCAGCGGUUGCCGAACGAAGGCGACGACUGCGGCGGCGGCGGCGGCAGCGGCAGCGGCAGCGGCGGCAGCAGCAGCAGUAUCGUCAACGGUGUGAUGCUAUCGAGGAACCUGACGUGUGCCGAUUGUGUUUGCAGUAGUUCGGCUUCAUCGUCGACAAAGAACUGAGUGUCGAAUCGGGAGCUGAUUGUGCUCCUUGGGGGUUUGCUUGCUGCCUGCGGCUGGUGACAGCAGCAGCAGCAGCAAACAGUGCAGUGCAGUGCAUCUAGGUAGGCAGUGUAUGUAUGUGUGCGUGCGUACGUCCGUCCGUCCGUCCGUCUGUGUGUAUGAGAAGCAAGCUUUACGACCCAACACAGCACCGUACUACUAUCUACUACUCAUGCUGAUGCUGCUGUUGUUACUAUCACAAGAAAAAUAGCAGCAGCAGCAGCGUCAACAACUAUUGCUACCGUAACUCCUACGACCAUCGGAGCCAAAGUUGCUGUUGCCGAAAAGAAGCUGCGUCCGUCAUCGUCCUGCUUUUGCUGCUGCCAUUUCGAUGACGAGGUCCGUUCGGUCCUGGUCGGACGGACACCAUCGCCGCAGACAUCAUCAGCAGCAGCAGCAGCAGCAUCGUCAGUGCCAAUUAUAUUCAAUGUGAGAGAAAGGCCGCCCGAUAGUUAGUGUUUGAACUCUGAUUAGACUUCUGAGUAAAGUGAAUCUGUGCUAAAUACAAGAAACGCUGGUGACAAAAACAACCAAAAGGCUCGAAAUAGGAAUAAUUCUAGUACUAGUAGUGGAUGCCGCUCGCGUGCGAAAGCAGCAGGGAUAGAGGUGCAGACGAACCAGCAGCUAUCCUCGAUGGUUCUCGAGUGCAUUUUUGUCUGUUCAGUUGAGUGUCGAGCAGCUGAAGUCUAGUGUGACGAUUCUGACCGACGAUGCCGAAGUGGUAACAGAAACUUGUAGCUGUUUUUGUCGUCUUCGUCCUCUCGGCCUCCCACAGCCGUUGAGAAAGAGAGUGCCGAAGUUAUUUGCGUCCCCAUCGCUCAUUGAUUCGUCCACAAACAGUGCCACUAGAACAAUCAACAGCAGCAGGAGCAGCGUCGCAACGGCAGCAACUAACGGAACCUAUAGCAACACAAAAUCGGGAAGACAGAGUUCAUAAAUAGCACCAGCAUUUUAAUUAACUGUGGCCUUUGCUGUCGGGCCCGUCUCUUCUCGGAGAUCAUCGAGGCGUAACGGCGACAGCAGAGCGCAUCCGAAAAUCGACAUAUAGGUACUUUGUAGUUAUACUGUAGAUCGUUAUUUCUAUUACCAUCAUCACCGUCAGGUUUAGAUGUUUAUCCAAACGACAAAGAACUUCCAACAGCUACAAUACAAGGGAUUCCCCCGCAACAAAAGCACCGAUGUAGCAACGAGCAGAUCCGAUUUUAUUCGGUACAAUUGAGUAAAACAAGGUAAAGCAUACGAAGGGGCCGCGUGCGUCAAUCGUGCUUGUCUUAGUAGGGGCUGCGACGGUGGUUAUUCAGUGGCUGGCUAGUUGAUUUGGAUGUACUAUUCUCCUCGGUCGAUCCUUUUUCUUGUAUGAAGAACUGUGCGUAUGAACGGGGGUGUGAGUUACUUCUUCGUUUUCGUCAUUAUCUCAGUGGUCAGCCUCCAUCGUCGAUAUCAGCCUUUCAUUCGUUGGCGUUUCACGAUUCUUAGUGUACGCUACUGACCCCACUAUUGGAGAUCGUUUGUCGUCAUUACCCAUUUCAGUGUGCGAAUCGUGAUAUUUGUAUGAUCGCAGGAAGUAUCCAUCUACAAAUAUAUAUAUAAAUAUAUAUAUAUAUAUGUCCGAAGAAGAAGCAAACUACGGUGCACUCUGGAAUUAUAUUAUCGCUACCUCUUCUUUUUUUGAUUGAGCCACAGUAACUGUAUGUGCUUUAGAGUGUGUACGUUUCGUGUAUUUCUCUGAGUCAACAAUUCGUCUGGAGGUGUUUUCGCUCUACGUUUGUUUGCUGCGUGGAAACUGUUCGUUCUUGCCAGCUCGUAAUUAAUUGUUUGUGAAUGUGAGACCAAAAGAUGAUGCUGGUUGUGAUGACGGUGAUGAUGUCUCAGCUAGAAGUACCACUAUCUCCGGUGGAAGUUAUAGAAUCUGUAGAAGUUGUAAGAGUAAUACUAAAGGCGGCGGCGGCGGCGGCAGCAGCAGCAGCAGCAGCAGCAGCAGCAGCAGCAACAACGACGACGACGACGACAACAACAACGAGAAGCACAACAGCAACAGCAGCAUCGCGAACCUCCUGCUCAAUUGCUGCACGGGUGGUGAAAACAGCGUAGGCGGACGGCUGUCCUGGCUUCGAGCCAGCGGACAGCAGCAGCAGCAGGAGCAAGCCGAGAAGGAAAGCAAUGUGCUCCCCGUUAAAACUCCAUCGAAAAAGACUCCGAGGGGAGUUGGUCGUACUCUGCCUCAUUUGGUUUCUCGGUGUUGCUGGACAACCGCGGCUGUGUCUAGCUCGCUCAGAUGUGGAAACCCUACAAAACAGCGGAACUACCGCGGGGAACAACCAGCGACGAUUAAAUCACUUUGUACGUCACUACGAACCCGUUGUCUACGAUGAUAAAGACCUACAUGCGCGCCAUGAACGAGUUCGCAGAAGCGCGGACGAUCCUUCAAACACAAAUAAGCCAUCCGUUCUACAUCUACGCUUUCGAUCGCAUAAUAGAGUAUUCCACCUCCGUCUGAAGCGAGACACGAGCGUCUUCUCAGACGGUCUGCAGGUAGAAGAUCACGAAGGCCGCCGGCUGCAGGUGGAUACAGAUCACCUCUAUUCAGGCGAGAUUGUAGGAGAACGGGAUAGCCACGUGUUUGGAAGCAUUCACGAUGGCAUCUUUCAGGGACGAAUUGAGUCUACACAGGACAAAGAGCAUUAUUAUGUGGAGCGGGCUAGUUACCAUCGGCGACCAGGAAGCUUGGCGCUUGAUGGGCGUAUCAAUGGUCACGAGAAAAUGGCGCACACACGAGCCACUGAGGGCUCUGAAACUGCUGACAAUAGCGACCAGAUCGAGCUGGGCCCCCACUAUCAUUCGAUCAUGUAUGCAGGUUCUAACGUCGAAAUCCUUGGCCACCAGGAAGGACAAGGCAGUUGUGGAGCAACGGACGACGCGACCCGCAAAUGGAUGGAGCGAGUGGCCAAUUCAGCCGUGGAAAGUAUGCAGAGCACCACUCGACUCGAGCACGAGAAAGAAACUACAAAGGAACAGCCAAAGGACACAAAAUACGGCCACGCACAAGACAAAAGCCAGCGACGCAAGCGUCACGAGCCGCAACUGGAGCGUCGAGAGCACUUUGAGGAGAUGAAAAUCGAAGACGAUGAAGAUUUCUCACGAACGAUUUGGCAAGAAGAGAAAUGGAAAAUUCGACGGUCGGCUGCACGUACGAGUCAUGGAGGCUUAACACAACACGCGCACUUGUAUUCCGAUAACCCUUUAAAAUAUAAUCGGGCACCACAUUCAACACUUGCCAGCAAUGCCAAUCGAAGGGUAUGUAACCUCUUUGUUCAAACGGACACCUUUUUGUGGGAACAUAUUAUUUCGACUGGGAAAGAUAAUGCAAAAGCUCGAGAAGAAAUUUCGUCCCUGAUCGCGCAACAUGUCGAGGCGGCGUCCCGAAUCUACAAGAACACUGAUUUCAACGGUAUUAAGGACAUUAAAUUUGCAGUCCAACGUAUCCGCAUAAAUGACACCUCAGCCUGUCAAGGGCCAAGCCGAUUUACCAACCCAUUUUGCGCGGCUAACCUCGACGCGAGUAAUUUCCUCAAUCUCAACUCACUUGCUAAUCACGACGACUUCUGCCUUGCCUAUGUUUGGACCUUUCGGGAUUUUCAACACGGCACGUUGGGCCUGGCCUGGGUGGCGUCCGUCAACGGCGCUUCGGGUGGUAUCUGUGAAAAAUACAAGACUUACUCGGAAAAUAACAACGGCCGUAGCGAGAAUGUCCGACGCUCACUCAACACUGGAAUAAUAACGUUUCUCAAUCACAAUGCCAAAAUCCCGCUAAAGGUAUCAGAAAUCACGUUUGCUCAUGAGAUAGGCCACAACUUUGGCUCGCCACACGAUUUCCCGCCACGCUGUGUGCCUGGUGGUAACAAUGGCAACUAUAUCAUGUACGCGUCGGCGACGCAAGGUCAUCAACCAAACAAUCAGAAGUUCUCCGACUGUUCAAUUGCAAAUAUUUCAAACGUACUGCACGCGAUUUUCAAGGGCGAACAAAAAGAGAACUGCUUCCAGGAAUAUCAGGGUCCAUUCUGCGGCAAUAAGAUUGUCGAACUAAACGAGGAGUGUGAUUGUGGCUACGAUGAACGUGAAUGCGACGAAUCGUGUUGUUUUGCUCGAGACAACAGUGAACGUCAAAAAGGUUGCACCCGAAGAUCGUUUGCGCACUGUUCACCGAGUGAAGGACCGUGUUGUAACCUUCGGUGUGAGUUUGAGACGUCAGGCAAACCAUGCAGGCUGGAGACAGAUUGUACGGAAGUCUCGUAUUGUCGGGGUAGUGCGCCGCACUGUCCUGCCCCCGUACAUAAGCCUAAUAAGACUGAGUGUAACAAUGGCACCCAGGUCUGCUGGAACGGAGAGUGCUCGGGCAGUAUUUGCAACAAGUAUGGUUUGGAAGAAUGUUUUCUCACCGAGGACAAGACUCCUGAUCCUGACAAACUGUGCGAAGUUGCCUGCCAACAGUGGAAUAAGCCCGAGACUUGCCGAAGCACGUUUGAGAUCGAGGCGAUGCGACACAUUAGUGGUAUUAAACGACGACCGGGAUCUCCAUGUAACAACUUUCAUGGUUACUGUGACGUAUUCCAAAAGUGCCGUAACGUUGACGCCGAGGGCCCGCUCGCACGACUUAAGCGGCUGUUGUUCAAUAAACAAAGUUUACACUCGGUUCGUCAAUGGGUUACUCUCAACUGGUGGGCUGUUCUUCUCAUGAUGGUCUCACUCAUCAUCACCAUGGCGUGCUUUAUUCGCUGUUGUGCUGUGCACACGCCAAGCUCUAAUCCACGUAUGCCGCCAGCUCUUCGAAUAACGGAUACGUUACGAAGACCAGGUGACACGUUUAAGAGGCGGAAACGCUACGUGCCGCCCGUUGAACAGAAUGGACCUCCACCCCCAUACCCCGGCGUUGGGGGAGCGGUGGUGGCUCCAUCCGCGCCGCCAGGGCCGUCCCAAGGGCCGUCGAUGGCAGCAACGCCAGCUGCUACCUCCGGACCUUCGCACGGCUACGGCCAGGGACGGGGCCAUUACAACCGCUCACAGCAAGGUGGUCACCCCCCGGGUGGUCAAAGAGGCCCCCAAAGCGGAAAGGCUGGCAAGAAGAAUAGCAAAGGCAGCAUAGAGAUGCAAUCACAGCAACAACAACAGCUGUCGCAUCACGUCAAUAACGCGACUAGGAAUCAAAGGGUAUGACAGGACGCUCACCACUGCGAAGCGACAGCGACGAGCCACAAACCACGUCUUCUAACAGGAAUAUCGCAUUCUGACAGCUCUCAAGGCCCAAUAGGCCGUGCCCCCCAGCAGCUUGCAAAUGGCCACCUCUCCUCUGGCCUUUCCAACGGUUCCUUGGGAUUCGAGGGCCACCAGAUGCAGCAGGGCUUGCAAGGUCUGCAAUGCCAAGGCCCGCUGGUUGUAAGUCUUCCGCCGUCCAUCAGUCAAUGUGGGCCAAACGCCAAGGAGCGACCACCACGAAGUAUUCCUGUGGUUAAGGUUGCUCAACCUGUCAGACAGAGUUGGACACAGGCGCGCGGCUCCAAAAAAGAUCAUCAUCAUCACCAGCAGCAGCAGCAGCAUCAACAGCUCACUAAUGGCAUUAGCAAUAGCAAGGGCAAUAAUCACGCUCCACAUGAAGAACGAGUCCAGUUACAGGCAGCUUCGGCACAACAGCCAACUCAUUCGCACGGUGUGACCACACAAACACCGAGUACUGGCAUUGUACAGAGAGUGAAUCCUCUACACGUACAUGUAGGCAACCCUCCACCAGGUGAGGAAACCCAGAGUGAGAUUUUCUGGGACUUCUGAUCAAGGCCAGCACUGAUACAGCUUACAGGUCAACAUCGUAGGGUGCAGCGAAGGUCAAAACCAGGAUAUUGGCCAGCAAAGUCUGCUGAGAGUUAAUUGCAGCAGCUGCUUGUUGAUGUUUGUCUGUAGAGCCUUGUUGGAGAUCCGUUAGCAACUAGAGAAUAUGAAAGAAAACAUUGGGCAGGCACGGUUUGUGCAGCGUCGACAGAUUCGCAGUAGUGGCCAGAAUGGAUUUGCGUGUCCCUAGUUCAAGGCAUGGCAUUAGGCAAAACUAGUAAUAGGGUAGUGUUCAUAUGUGAUGGUCAGGGGUAAGCCGUUGUUGUAAUGGACAACAAAAGUGUUGUUGGUUACAAAGGGACGCCAAUAUAAAAGUCGAAGUGGCUAUGAGCGCGUUAGAUUUAGAAGUGCUUUAAGUAGAUGGGCAACAACCCUUCGCCCUACGGCGAAAUCCCAGCGGCCAAGUCUGAUCCAAGUGUACAUCCAUAUGUAUAUAUUUAUAUAAAUAUAAUCUAAGUCUAGAUAUAUGAAAAAGCAAAACAACGUACUCUGUAAGUGCCAGAGGAUAUGUUUGAUAAUGAUUCAGUCAAUCGAUCGCAGAGAAAGAUUCGCCAUAUUCGAUCGAUGAAUGAGACCGACAGGGCUUGUACAGCCGGCGCGUGGUCAAUGCGCGAUCUCGACCUCUCAUUGUUGGCCAUAAGCAACGGCAUAUGGGUAAUCUAAACGCAAGC